GACGCUACUAUUAGCGCCUGGUUUUUUUUUCCUCUUGCUUCACACUGACACUCCGCGCCUGUGAUGUAAAAUAUCUACAUCCUUCCAAAUUUCCGCGUUUUAACUUUCGCGUAAAUCUUGUGGGACGACCGCAGACGAGUGGCCUACACGUACACCAUGGACUGUUCCCCAAGCCCAAUGGCCAGCAACGUGACCAAUAAGACGGACCCCCGUUCGCUGAACUCGCGCGUCUUCAUUGGGAACCUGAACACCAUGUUGGUGACCAAAGCCGACGUGGAGGCCAUCUUCAGCAAGUACGGUAUGAUCGUGGGCUGCUCCAUCCACAAAGGCUAUGCUUUCGUCCAGUACUCGAACGAAAGGAACGCUCGAGCCGCCGUGGCCGGAGAGGACGGGCGCAUGAUCGUCGGACAAGUCUUGGAUAUCAACCUGGCAGGCGAGCCCAAACCUCACCGAUCGAAAACGACCAAACGUCCAGCAGGAGAUAUGUACAGCAGCUCCACAUUCGAACUCGACUACGAUUUCCAGAGAGAUUACUACGACAGGAUGUAUGCGUACCCGUCCCGUGUGCCGCCGCCUCCUCCUCCACCCCUCUCCCGCGCCGUCAUUCCCUCCAAGCGAGCGCGGGUCAGUCUGAGCGGAGGAGGAAGCCGACGCACCAAAUCCAGCUUCUCCUCUUCUUCCAAAAGCAGCCAGCGCUCAUCAUCACGGGCCAUUAAAGCAGAUGAUCUUCAGACCAUAAAGAGGGAACUGGCUCAGAUCAAACACAAAGUGGAUUACCUUCUGGAAAGUUUAGAACGCAUGGAGAAAGAUCACAGCAAGAAAUCAGAAGGGAAGGUGGUGAAGGCGGAGGUGGGUGAAGUCUCUCAGCAGCACUCGAGCAGUAAGAAGGAGCGCGAAAGAGAGGAGCAGGAGAUCAACGACUCUGAAGAGGAGGGAGAUCUGCUGGAGGAAGAGGAGGAGGCGAAGAGUAUCGGAGGCGAGAACGAGGAAGAGGACGGUGAAGAGGAGGAGGAAGGAGAGCACGAGGAAGGCGAGGACGACGGCGACAGCGUAAACGGCGACGACCCAUAGACUUAUUUUAUUUUUCUCUCUCUCUCUCUCUCACACACACACACACACACACACACACACACACACACACACGAAGCACCUCAGCAUCCAGAGUGAAGAAAUGGCAGUCUGGACUUCGUUAAUUAAAAAAAAUAAUAAUAAUAAGUCUAUGGAGAACACAGAAUGUAAAUGAACACACUUUUUUCUUAUGAAGCAAAUUUUAGUGUCGUCUGUCCGAAUAAACGGUCGGUGCGUCGUUACUGUUCUGCUUUUAAAAUUCUGAUGUUUUAAAUGCUGCGUAUUAUUAUUAUUAUUAUUAUUAUUGUUGUUUUUUCCCCUCAUUUGUUUGUCUGCUCAGUCAGCAGUCGUGUGUGUGAGACGUUUUCUUUCUUUAUUCCCCCAAACAACUCCUGAGGAAACUGUUCUCUCUUUUAAAAAAAAAAAAGAUUAUCGAAUCCAUUAGUGUCUGUGCCCCCCCCCCCCCCCCCCCCCCCCCCCCCCAGUGUAUACAGUGGUAUGCAAAAGUUUGAGCACCCCUGGUCAAAAUUGCUGUUACUGGGGGCGUCGUGGCUCAGGUGGAUAAGGCGCCAUACCAUAAAUCCGGGGACCCCGGGUUUGAUUCCGACCCGAGGUCAUUUCCCGAUCCCUCCCCGUCUCUCUGUCCGGCUCAUUUCCUGUCUCUACACUGUCCUAUCCAAUAAAGGUGAAAAAAGGCCAAAAAAAAUCUUUAAAAAAAUUGCUGUUACUGUGAACAGUUAAGCAAGUUGAAGAUGAAAUGAUCUCCAAAAGGCGUAAAGUUAAAGAUGAUUCAUUCCCUUUAUAUUUUUAAGCAAAAACAAUGUAUUUUCAUCUUUUAUAUUUUCAAAUUGACCCGAAGCAAAAAUGUUUGGGCACCCUGCAUGGUUCGUACCUAGUAACACCGUCUUUGGCAAGUAUCUCAGUUUGUAAACACUUUUUGUAGCCGGCUAAUAAUCUUUCAGUUCUUACCUGAGGGAUUUUCACACAUUCGUCUUUGCAAAAGGCUUCCAGUUCGACAAGUUUCCUGGGCUGUCUUGCAUGCGCUGCUCUUUUGAGAUCUAUCCACAGAUUUUCAAUGAUGUUUAGGUCAGGGGACUGUGAGGGCCCGGGCAAAACCUUCAGCUUGGGCCUCUUGAGGGAUUCUAUUGUAGAUUUUGAGGUGUGUUUUGGAUCAUCGUCUUAUUGUCGGACCCGUCCUCUUUUUAACUUCAACUUUUUUACAGAUGGUGUGAUGUUUGCUUCUAGAAUUCGCUGGUAUUUAUUCGAAUCCAUGCUUCCCUCGACCAAUGAAAUGUGCUCUGUGCCACUGGCUGCAACACGACCCCAAAGCAUGAUCCAUCCACACCCAUGCUUCAGAGUUGGAGAGGUGUUCUUUUCCUGGAGUUUGGCCCCCUUUUCUCUCCAAACAUACCUUUGCACAUCGUGACCAAAAAGAUCUAUUUUGAUUUCAUCAGUCCACAGGACUCGUUUCCAAAAUGCAUCAGGCUUAUUUAGAUGUUCAUUUGCAAACUUCAGACGCUGAAUUUUGCGGCCAGGACGCAGGAACGGUUUUCUUCUGAUGACUCUUCCAUGAAGGUCAUAUUUGUUCAGGUGUCGCUGCAUAGUAGAACAGCGCACCACCACUCCAGGGUCUGCUAAAUCUUUCUGAAGGUCUUUUGCAGUCAAACAGGGGUUUUUAUUUGCCUUUCUAGCAAUCCAACGAGCAGUUCUUUCAGCAAGUUUUCUUCAUCUUCCAGACCUCACCUUGAUCUCCACUGUUUCUGUUAACUGCCAUUUCUUAAUAACAUUACAAUCUGAGGAAACGGCUACCUGAGAACACUUUGCUACGUUCUUGUAGCCUUCUCCUGCUUUGUGAGCGUCAAUUAUUUUAUUAUUCAGAAUGCGACGGAGUUGCUUAGAGGAGCCCAUGGCUGUUGAUUUUAGGGACAAAGUUUGAGGAGUCGGAGAAUUUAUACAGCUUUGAAAUAUGCGACCUUUCCUAACGAAGAAUUUGAACAAGCCACAGCUCAAUAAGCUAAUUAAGGUCUGGAACCUUGGUAAAAGUUACCUGAGAACUCAAAAUGUAUCAGGGUGCCCAGACUUUCACGUGGUGUUCCUUUUCUUUUUGUCCACUCUCCAAUUGUACAAAACAAAAAUAAUACACAAAUCUUGCUGAAAAGAAAUGUCUCAUCUUUACCUUUAUGCCUUUCGGUGAUCAGUUCGUCUUCUGCUCACUUAACUAUUCACAGUAACAGGCAUUUUCAGUAAGGGUGCCCAAACUUUUGCAUGCCACUGUAUGUUCAUCUUUACAUGCCUUUUUUUUUUUUUAUAUCAGUCUUGUUCAAGAUGAAUAAAAUCACUGAAUUUCAAUAAAA